AAUGUUCCUAAUGGCUCAGCUGUCUUCUCCACUUUCUUAUCUUUAGUUUUGUUUUCACAAAUACAGCUGUCAACUUCAAUGGUUGGUCCUUUUGUUGGGUCUACUUGCAACACACCCUUUUUGUUCCAGGCAUUCUCUUCAUUUAGUAAACGUUGAGGUAGCAUUUCCAUAUCUCUUUUUCCAGUGUCAAGACAUGUACAUUACUAUCAUUCUACUACAUACAAUUCACAAGGCUUACUGACAUUUUCUCUCUUUUAUACUGUUCAGUCAUUUGAAACACAUAUGAUUACAGAUAUUUUCUAUUCAGGUAACACAUAUUUGAAAUUUUAUUGCUUUUAGGCUAACUAUGAAGAUAUUAGGAUUAGAGUUUGCUCCAAUCUUCAUUCCUCUUGAAAGACGUAUACAGACAGCUUUUGUCUUUCUAUGGACACUGUGUUUCAUAUGUUUGGGCUUUGGAAGUCUUGCCUUCUUCAUCUACCUCUUAUUCACUGAAUACUAUUUCAUACCUCUGGCUUAUUUAAUAUGGUACAUCUAUGACUUCAACAAAUGUGAGCAAGGAGGCCGUCGUCUUCUGUGGCAAUUUAACAAUCCUGUUUGGAAAUACUUUGCUGAUUACUUUCCUAUAAAGCUCAUCAAGACAGCAGAGCUUGAUCCAUCCAAGAACUAUAUAGUUGGUUUCCAUCCACAUGGAGUCAUGUGUGCUGGUGCCUUUGCAAACUUUGCAACAAAUGGAACAGGUUUCAGCCAAAUUUUCUCAAAUAUGCAUCAAUAUUUGUGUAUCCUAAAAGGACAGUUUCACUUUCCAUUCUACAGAGAUCUUCUGAUGACUACUGGUUGUUGUUCAGUGUCAAAGAACAGUCUGAACUGGCUUCUAAAUCAAAAGGAAAAAGGUAAAUUUAUUACUAUUGUCAUCGGAGGAGCAGUAGAAGCCCUCAAAGCAAACCCAGGCAGCUUCAAACUAAAAAUCAAAAGCCGGAAAGGAUUUAUCAAGCUAGCUCUCCAGCAUGGAACCCCUCUGAUCCCAGUAUACUCUUUUGGAGAGAAUGAUCUUUUUCUGCAGCUGAGUUUUGAGAAACCACAGUGGCUGAAGUGGCUUCAAGUGAAAUUCACAAGAUAUACUGGUAUUGCACCAGUAAUCUUCCAUGGAAGGGGUAUUUUUAACUACACAUUUGGAAUUGUGCCUUUCCGGAAACCUGUUAAUACUGUUGUUGGAAAACCAAUUGAAGUUCCAUUGAUAGAAAAUCCAAGUGAAGAGCAGGUUGAAGAAGUCCACAAGAUUUAUCUGAAUAGUCUGUAUGAACUUUUUGAAGAAUAUAAGGGCAAAUAUGGCAUUGAUGAGAUGAGUCACUUGAUCUUUGAAUAACCUUUUCACAUCUUCAAAAUCAGAAUUCUUUAUAUAUUUUUCUAUUUUUUUCUUUGUUACAAUUUCUUGGGUCAGUUAUUUUCUUCCAUUGUCUGUAUAAAUUUAUUUAGCUCUUUGCUGAUUCUUCAGUUUAGAAUUUCAUCAUUUUGGUCUUCAUCAGUACACAGUGUGAAUGAAUCCUGAACCAUGUGGUUGGUAAGCAAGGUACUUACCACACGGUUCAUAGUUUUAGCAAGAUUUUGGAUUUGUUUAUUCUUUUCUUUUGUUAAUCACAUUUUUUUCACAUUUUGUUUAUUUGUUCAAGAAGAAUAGAAAAUAAGAAAAGAUGGUGGGGAAUUAGAAAUGGUAGGGACACCCUGCCCUUGACAGCCUUAUAGAGUCCUGGGUAAAGCAAUCCACAAGUACCAGAGUGCAUUGCCACAGAAAAUUGCAGCAUUCAUUGAUUAGCAUUGGAGUCAUGGGCAGUGACUCAGUGUGUCCAUCUCUUAAACUGAAUCUGUUUAGAGGGUAUGCUAAAUGCUUUGUAGUAUUUAAGUUCUAAAUUCAAAUACUGCCAGCGUCAAUGUCGCAACCAUUCUGUUCGAUAUUUGAGUAAGACAUUUAACUCCAUGUUUUUAUUUAUCUACCUGUCAGAUAAAAAUACAAGAUUUGUUUUGCAAUGCUAUUUACAAUAGACAGCAUCCUCCCCAUGUUAGAAUCAAAUUAAAGUCUCAUCCGUUUACUGUA